GAGAGGGAAAAGGACUGGGAUCUUCACAGGGAGUACAUCAGUUUGCCUUUAUUCGCCACCUGUGCAGUGCUGAUGGUGGUGUUGUGUCUCCUCAGCCAUGCAGUUCUGCAGCCUUCAUCACUGUGUCAUCUUCUUCCUCAUCCUCACAUUCCCCUCUGGUCCUGUUCCAGCUUUCAAUUCUGUAAUGGUGAAACUGAAUCAGUCUGCGAUUCUUCCCUGUAAUCAGAACUGCUCUGAUUCACUCCGAUGGACUGUGAUUGAUGAACCAUUUCUUAAUGUGGCUGAGUGUAAUCAGACAUCAUGCUGGUCAAAGGAGGGGUUUAACAUGUCUCAUGAUCAGUACCUGAAGGGAGAUUUGUCUCUCACCAUCAAUGCAGCUGAUUACAGCAACAGGGGUUUGUACACGUGUGAAUGUGCUGGAACAGAAAUCUGUAGGGUGCGUCUCAUCAUUGAGACUGUGAUGUCACCAGUUCAUCUAAAGGUUGGUCAAUCUCUGGACUUGGAUUUGUCUAUACCAGAUCCAGUGCAGGUGACUUACAAAAGUACAGAUUCAGCUGAUCCAGAUGGUGAAGUGAUCUGCACUGUUAUUCAACACUCACUAGAGUGUAAAGCUGAAUACACACCGAGAACAUCACUGAGAGGCACAGUUUUGAUCCUGAAGAAAGUAAACCUUGCUGAUUGUGGAUUGUACCUCAUCUGGGACAAGAAAAAUAAUGAAAUCAUUCAUAUUUAUACAUUAUAUUUAAAAGACGUUGUAUCGGUGAAGCUUCAUAAAUCGGCUACUCUCUCCUGCAACUGGAAAUGUCCUGUUGCAGCCAAAUGGAUCAAUAAAAAACACGUUACUGUGGCUCAGUGUAAUCAGACAUUGUGCUGGCCCAGCAAUGAAUAUGUCAUGUCUCAUGAUCAGUACCUGGAGGGGAAUCUCUCCCUCACCAUCACUACAGUUGAUUACAAUAAGCGUGGCUGGUACACCUGUCAGUGUGGUGACAGAGACAAAUGUCAUCGGCAUCUCAUGAUAGAGCCUGUUAGGGAAGAAGUUCAGCUAAAGCCUGCUGAGAAUCUGCUCAUGGAGUUGCCCAUCCCAGAGAAUGUAGAAGUGAUUUAUAACCAGAAUGUGAUAUAUGAUCCAACCAGUCAACAGAUCUGCAUACUGGAAAAAGGCUCACUGGUGUGUAAAACUGAGUACACACAACGGAUAAAGCAGGUGCUUAAAUUAGAAAUGAACCUGACUGAUAGUGGAGUUUACAUCAUCCAGGACAUGGAGAGCAAUGAAGUCAUUCACAUAUACAAUGUGACUGUGAAAGAAGACCAGCCACGACCGGAUCUCGAGAAUCGAUUUUCAUAUUCAAGUUUGUUUCUUGGAAUUUUCAUUGGAUUAAUCAUAGCUGCAUUUGUAUUUUUGGUAUUUAUUUUUUGGAAGGUUAACAACUUCAGAGUGGGUUAACCUGUAGCUCACUAAGGAACUCUAAAAGUGACAGUGAACCUAGAGAGUCCUCUUGAGUAAUCAGAUUCUCUUUGUAAUUAUGACUGAAUCUGCAUGUGCAGAAACCACAUAGCAGUGAUCAUCCAGAUAGUUGGUGGGGUAAAUGGAGAACAUUUUAUUAUGGGUCAAUAUAAAUAAUUGUUUUUGGGUUUUUGGGGGUUUUGGUUCUGUUUCCUUUUUUUUGUUUUCUAUUGCCCCGACUAAUCCCUACGUACAUAUAAACAGUAGAUCCUGUUAAAGAAUAAAUUAAUCACUCACUCUCUCAUUUUCUCCCGCUUAUCCGAACUACCUCGGGUCACGGGGAGCCUGUGCCUAUCUCAGGCGUCAUCGGGCAUCAAGGCAGGAUUCACCCUGGACGGAGUGCCAACCCAUCGCAGGGCACACACACACUCAUUCACUCACGCAAUCACACACUAUAAAAGAAAAUCUAUACUGUGUCUACACUGUUCUGAAUUACAGCUUCUCACAGUUCCAAUACAGUGUUACCUUAGACACAUUACCUUAGACCACAUUACCUUUAAUACAACAUUACCUAGACAAUAUACUCACUCUCACUCACUCACUCAUUUUCUACCGCUUAUCCGACCUAGACAAUAUAUUAAAGCCUAAAUAAUGACAAUAAUUGACUUAAGAGAAUUAAAAAAUAUACAGAUUGUAUAUAUUCAUGUAUUUAAUGUAUUCAUGUCAAUUGUUUUUUUUUUUUAACGAAACAACAACACAGUUAAAACCUUCGAGUAAACACACAGAUUUCUUUGGCACAAGAGAAUCUGCAGCUGAACACAUUUUAGUAAACAGGUAUUUAAUCAGUUAACCGCCAAAAAAAUCAUGUUAGAUCCACACAUAAAGAUAACAAUUCAAACUCACAAAAAGCAUCUGAGCAUGUGUUUUAACAGAAUCAAGCAAAAGAUCUCUUACAGUAUUACAUUUCUAAACAAUUCCUGCCAUCUCCAGUGUUCCUAUGCUGCCUUGGAGAGAACAAAUCAUUUAAAAUUUAUUCUUAUUACUAUAAUGUGU